CAGAGGGAGAGGGAGAAGCAGCCUCCCAGCUGAGCAGGGAGCCCGACGUGGGGCUCGAUCCCAGGACCCCGGGAUCAGGACCCAAGCCAAAGGCGGACAGUUAACCGACUGAGCCACCCCGGCGCCUCUGUACUGUUCUCCUCAUGACCCUGGCACAUGACUUCGCAGCCAUGGCGCUCUUACCUCCGUGGUGCAGUUGAAGCAAGGGUCUCUGAGUACCCAGCCUCACUGAACCCUUUGAAGGGUGUCACCUCCCAAAAAUGGCAUCCACAUGCGACAGAGUGGCAGUGUCUCUGUGGCUCCAGAGUGACUGUGUUGCGAGGCUACCAGGAGUUGUGAGCACCUUGAUCGCUGGGGAUGGUGAAACCCAAGGAGGAACGGACUGGUGCUGGGUCAGAGCUCCCGUGGCCCUGCAGUUAGGGCAGGACGGGGACCUGCGUCGUCGGUGGAGCAGAGCCUCUCAGACGGCAGGGGGCUGCCGCUUAGAAAGGGUGUGCAGCAGUGUGAUUGUAGCAACGAUUUGGUACGUGGUGGUGUUCUGACCGAGGUCCUUCUGUGCGUGUUUUGUCAUACAGGUUCUUGUCUGAUGACAGCAGUCUGGAGUACAAAUACUACAAACUGAAGCUGGCGGAAGUGCAGCGGAUGAGCCACACCUUGCCGGGAGCGGAUCAAAAGCCGACAGCGGCCGAGUGUGCGGUCCGCGCCAUGCUGUAUGCUCGGGCGAUCCGGAGCCUCAAGAAGAGGCUCCUCCCAGGCCGACGGCGGGGGCUGCUCCGCACCCAAGGGCUCCGGGGCUGGAAGGCUCCAGGUUCAUUGCAGGGAAAGCUGUCCCAGCCAGAUGGAAAUGAUACUGCCAAGGACUGCCCACCUGACCCAGCCGGACCCUCUCCUGGGGACCCCAGCCCAGAAGCCUCGGGCCCAUCCCCCAAGCCAGCAGGAGUGGAAGUCUCUGAAGCCCCUCAAACCUCCUCUCCCUGCCCAUCUGCUGACGUUGACACGAAGACCAUGGAGACUGCAGAGAAACUGGCCAGAUUUGUUGCUCAGGUGGGACCAGAGAUUGAACAGUUCAGCAUAGAAAACAGCACCGACAACCCUGACUUGUGGUAUGUAGCCGUCGUGCCCUUUGAAUUUGAGUGUGUUUACCCCACGAGUGUCCUGAGAGGCCAAGGGAUGGCCCAGCAGACACACUUCUGCCCCAGGAGGCACCCGAGAAGUCAUGGCUUCACUUCUGCCAAGCUCAGGGCUGUGAGGGAGGAGCGUCCGCUUAGGGGGUUGGGCGGUGCUACCCUCAUCUGGGGCAUCAGAAAAAACCUCCCUUGGAGGGAAGUUUAAGCUGUGUUUGAAGGUCACGUGGGCUUUGACCAGGGGAAGGGAGAGAGGGCACCCAGGUAGAGAGGCUAAUAGGUUCCCCAGAACUCGUGCAGAGGCCGAGUGGUGUGGGGUAGGGGGAGGAGGAGGGCAGGGCACUGUCCCUGGUCACACCAGUGCUCCGGGCAGUGAUGGAUGGGUCCUGGCCCAGCUGCGGGCGGCAAGCACUUCCAGGUAACAGUGGCCUGGCAUCCUUUUGCCAGGAGGGGGUGCUGUUACCCUUGCCAUUCCUCAGAUGGGGUGGCCACUCAAUGCCGCACAGCCUGCAGGUGACAGAACCAGGAGCCUGUUCCGCCCUGUGGGUCGAGGGUGAACCUCCUUCGGGGGAGACUCCUUGGGAGCCCCGUGUUCAUGGUCCCGAGCCUUAACCCAGGUGGGGUUUCCAUGCUGUGUGAAUUGUAUCCUCCCGUUAACUGGGAACUGUGGACCUUUGCCCUGCUCCUACCGUGCUGGAGAGCCAGGCCUUAGUCUAAUCAAGACUAUGGUUGAAAACUACACGUCUCCGAGAGCAUUUCUGGCAGCCAGUGGGGACCCAGCGCGCUCUUCCAGCUUGUUGGGGACCUGGAGUAAGUAGGCUGUACACUGGGCGUGCCUUCUGCUUCCUGUGAGACCCGGGCCAGCCUUGUGGAGCACUGAUGGCUUCUUGAGGGCUCAGCCCAGUUCUGCCUUUUUCAGGCCUGGUGACCUUGGGGCCAGCUGGGCCUAGGACGCCUCAGAGUUGGGCUAGACCUGGUGAAGGGGACAGCUCCGCUAAGGGCAGUCAGGAGCAUGUCAUCGGUUAUGGGUUUUUUGUUGUUUUUUUUGUUCCCCAAAUGAGAAUUCUGCAUUACCCUGGGCACCUGGCACUGCUGUGGUUUGGGUUUAUUCGUCACCGUUUCUGACAGCCUUUUUGGGCAGUGUUCCUUAGAAGGUGCUGUCCCUCCCUCCCCACACAGAGUCCCCCACUGUGCAGCCACAUUAGGUGGAGUGAUUCACUCUGUCCCCCAGCCCAGUGCUCAUAGGGUGGUUUGAGAAUGACUGCAUCCAACAGCACACGUAUUUAAUAAAGGUCAAGGUGACUUUGUGUUUCUUUUCCUUUAGAAAAAUUAUACCUCUAACGUGCUCAGUAGUUGUUUGAGUUAAUUCCGUUUUUGUGUGUGGUUAUGUCAUCGAUUUGACAUAUAGUCAGGUUCAUUUGUUUCUCCAGAGAUUUCAGUUUUAGGGCUAUUUUUUUCUAUCCUUUUUAAUUUUAAAAAUAAGUUCAGCAUUUGCAUGGUUCUAAAGUAAAAAUUUUAAAAGGUAAACUCAGAGAAGUCUCUGCGUGGGAAUCCCCUCCACUCAUCAACAGGAAACCAUUUCUCUCACUUCUAGCGGGUGUGUGCAUUUCUCCCUUUGUUCUUCUACCAUUUCCACCUUUUUUCUUACAUGCAACUUGCUAUAUGUCAUUUGCACCUUGCUUUUUUCCCUUCACAACCUAUCCAGAAGUUGCCUGUGCCUGUCCCACCUGUCCUCUCGUUCUCUUGUCCACUAUUGUUCUCCACGUGCAACCACACCAGGAUCACUCCCCAACCAUUGGCAUUCACGCUGUUCUUACAGCCCCUUCAGUAGCCUCACGAACAGUUUUGUGGAGAGAAUCUUCAUGUAUCUUCCAGAGGGGGCUGUGGGGUCCAAGGUCAUUGCGAACAUAAUUUUGUUAGAUAAUGGAAAUUCCGCACCCUGAGGGCCAUUCCCAAAGGAGUGUCCAGAGUCCCUGUCCCCACCCCUCACCUUUUGGCAUGCCUUAGAGCCAGUAGGAUUCAUGAGAAAUUUCUCAUUUCCGUGGUGAGAUUUUAGUUUCCAUUUUUUUUAAUGAGUCAAAUUGAAUAUCUUUUCAUAAACUUAAGUAUCUUUUAUUUUCCUGUGAACUGUUCCUUUGUCUCUUAAAAAAAGGUUUGCCCUUUAAAAAAGCUUUGUUGUUAAUAGUUUGCAUUUUUUAUAAUUUUGUGUAAAUGCGCUUGUUCUCGCUUUUUGUCUGAGCCCUUUACUCAGCACAAUUACUCGGAUUCAUCUGUGUUUGUUGCAUGUAUCCCCAGUUCAUUCCUCUUUGCUGCUGAGUGUAUCCACUGUGUGGCUGGACCAGUUGUUUCCCCGUCACCUGUGGAUGGCAUUGAGAUGCUUUCAGUCUGGGACGAUUAUAGAUAAAGCUGCCGUGAGCAGUUGCGUAGAAGGUCUUUUUUCUUUCCAGUAAAUACUAAGGAGAGGAAGGGCUGGCUCCGUGGUGGGUCCACGGUUAACUCUUGAAGAAACUGCCAAGCUGCCUUUCUUUUUUUUUUUUUAAAGAUUUUAUUUA